AGGUAAACCCUCCAGAUCAGGAAAACAAUCCCACCACUGGCUUUAGGACCUGUGGUGCCACCUCUGAAAUCACCACACAAUGCUACAAAUGGGGAAGACCAUAAUCAUAGGAUAUGUUAUCUCAACAUUUCGACUUAGUAUCUAGAAAUGUUUACUUGCAUAUCUCGUCAUUUCGAAUACAUAUCUCAAAAUCUUUACUUGCAUACCAUGAAAUUUCGAGUUAAUAUCGACAUAAAAAAUAUUUUAAGAAAUGGUGGCGGGAAUGGGCUUCCAUAAUAACUUGUGUCUUGCGCUUUUGUAACAACCUGCGGUUACAAAACUGGUAGUUAAAAACAUUCAGGCUUUCUGUUAUGAAGAGUCAUGACCCAUCCCCCCUGAGUAACCUCUUGAAAUUCCUCUAGUCCAGUGUUGAAGUGCGUUCGUCGGAGAUGGCGAUGGAGAAUUUCAAGCAGUUCCUGUUCGCGCUGUCGGCCGCUGUAUCCGUUGGUUUUGUGUCGAUAAUUUUUGUUUUGAGAUGGGUAUUCUACUUCAAGGAAGGUUUAGCAUGGGAUGGAGGAUUUGCGGAAUUCAAUUGGCACCCUGUUUUAAUCGUUACCGGGUUCAUUUUUAUGCAGGGAAUUGCCAUUGUGGUGUAUAGGUUGCCAUGGACCUGGAAGUGCAGCAAGUUAAUGAUGAAGUUUAUUCAUGCUGGCUUAAACAUAUUGGCCUUCAUUUUCGCUGUCAUAUCUCUGGUAGCAGUAUUUGACUUCCACAAUGCACAAAACAUCCCCAACAUGUAUAGCCUGCACAGCUGGGUGGGGCUAGCAGCGGUGAUACUAUAUUCACUACAGCUUGUUCUGGGAGUGUGUAUAUACUUGAUACCCAUCACCCCGAUAUACCUGAGAGCAGCAUUUAUGCCCCUGCACGUCUACAGUGGCCUGUUCAUCUUUGCCAGUGUCAUAGCCACAGCACUCAUGGGCAUCACAGAGAAGCUCAUUUUUGGCCUGAAAUAUCCCAAGUACAAGGAUUCUCCCCCAGAGGCCAACUUUGUGAAUGUGCUGGGAGUACUAAUAGUAGUUUUUGGCGCAAUAAUUCUCUGGAUCGCUACUCGCCCCUCUUGGAAACGCCCCAGUGAGCAGGUCCUGCGCUCUCUGCCAACUUACAGGGAUGGGUCAGCUGGCACCAAAAUGGGCACUGCCCUCUCACAACAAACUGACCCGAUUGACCCCGAAGGCAAUGGAGAUGCCAGGAGAAGGAGUGGUAAAUUGGAGGACUCAGGACAGGUCAACUGAGUAACAUGAAAACCAACUGCUGGUUCUGUGUAUUUGUUGGUGCUUUAAAAAGUUGCAUGGAUCUACUGUUCUGGCAGUCCCAAAGCAAAUGUAAACCUUUGUUCCAAAUAGCACCUUGAGGAAUUGUUCCCAACCAUUCCAGAAUGUUGACCUUUAAGCAGUUUUUUAUUUUGUAAUUUUUUACAAAUAAAUUACACAGCUCAAUUUGA